UGCUUUUGUGGAUCUAUUUCACUUAUUCUCUCUCUGUUUCGCCUUCACUUUCAGUGUGCGGCUGGCUGUUGUAUAGCAUAAAUAUCAAUCAUCGACAUAAUAAUAAUAGUACAAAACCAGAACCAAAAGCGGAUCACAGAAUUCACAAUCCACUUGAAUUACCAUCUCUCAGAGAAAUGGCGCAUAUUCUGCUACAUGGGACACUUCACGUUACCGUCUAUGAGGUCGACAAGCUCCACAGUGGAGGUGGCCCUAAGAUCUUCCGCAAGAUAAUGGCAAACAUUGAAGAGACAGUUGGUAUUGGUAAAGGAGUUCCUAAAGUCUACGCAACCAUUGAUCUAGAAAAGGCGAGAGUUGGGAAGACCAGGAUACUAGAAAAUGAGCCUAACAAUCCCAAGUGGUAUGAGUCUUUUCAUAUCUACUGUGCUCAUUUGGCUUCAAAUGUUAUUUUCACUGUCAAAGACGAUAAUCCUAUUGGGGCAACCUUAAUUGGAAGAGCAUAUGUACCUAUUGAAGAACUCUUAGAUGGAGAGGAAGUGGAUAGAUGGGUUGAUAUACUGGAUAAAGAGAAAAAUCCUGUAGGUUCGAAGAUCCAUGUGAAGCUACAAUAUUUUGAUGUUGCAAAAGACCAUAAUUGGGCUCGGGGUAUUAGAAGUCUUAAAUUUCCUGGAGUGCCAUACACAUUCUUCUCACAGAGACAAGGAUGUAGGAUUUCUCUGUACCAAGAUGCUCAUGUCCCAGACAAAUUUGUUCCUAAAAUCCCUCUUGCUGGAGGCACAUAUUAUGAGCCCCACAGAUGUUGGGAAGACAUUUUUGAUGCAAUCACUAAUGCAAAACACUUGAUCUACAUUACUGGAUGGUCUGUCUAUACAGAAAUUUCCUUGGUGAGGGACUCAAGGAGGCCAAAGUCUGGAGGAGACAUCUUACUUGGUGAUCUGCUUAAGAAAAAGGCAAGUGAAGGUGUUAGGGUUCUUAUGCUUGUUUGGGAUGACAGGACUUCUGUUGGGUUACUGAAAAAGGAUGGAUUGAUGGCCACCCACGAUGAAGAAACUGAACAUUACUUCCAGAAUACUGAUGUGCACUGUGUAUUGUGUCCCCGAAAUCCCGAUGAUGGUGGAAGCAUUGUUCAGGACUUAUCGAUUUCAACCAUGUUCACUCAUCACCAGAAGAUUGUGGUGGUGGACAGUGAUAUGCCUAGUGGAGGGUCACAAAAGAGGAGAAUUGUGAGUUUCGUUGGGGGUAUUGAUCUUUGUGAUGGGAGAUAUGAUACCCCCUUUCAUUCACUCUUCAGGACAUUGGACACUGCACAUAACAAUGAUUUUCAUCAGCCAAAUUUUGAGGGUGCUUCAAUUACAAAAGGUGGUCCAAGGGAACCGUGGCAUGAUAUCCACUCCCGGCUUGAAGGACCAAUUGCUUGGGAUGUCUUAUUUAAUUUUGAGCAGAGGUGGAGAAAGCAAGGUGGUAAGGAUUUACUUGUUCAGCUUAGAGAGCUUGACGAAAUCAUCAUCCCCCCAUCUCCAGUUAUGUUUCCAGAUGACAAUGACACAUGGAAUGUGCAGUUGUUUAGAUCCAUUGAUGGUGGGGCUGCUUUUGGCUUCCCAGAGACACCUGAAGAUGCAGCCAGAGCAGGGCUUGUCAGUGGGAAGGAUAAUAUCAUUGACCGAAGCAUUCAGGAUGCUUACAUUAAUGCGAUUCGACGUGCAAAGGAUUUCAUUUAUAUUGAGAAUCAGUAUUUCCUUGGAAGCUCUUUUUGCUGGAGUGCUGAUGAUAUCAAGCCUGAGGAUAUCGGUGCUCUUCAUCUGAUUCCAAAGGAGCUUUCACUUAAGAUUAUCAGCAAGAUUGAAGCAGGGGAGAGGUUCACUGUCUAUGUUGUUGUCCCGAUGUGGCCAGAGGGUAUGCCGGAGAGUGGAUCAGUUCAGGCCAUAUUAGAUUGGCAGAGGAGGACAAUGGAUAUGAUGUAUAAAGAUAUUAUUCAGGCUCUGAGAGCCAAGGGUAUUGAUGAGGAUCCUCGGAAUUAUUUGACAUUUUUCUGCCUUGGAAAUCGGGAGGUGAAAAAGCAGGGUGAAUAUGAACCAUCAGAAAAACCACCACCUGAUUCAGACUAUAGUCGAGCUCAGGAGUCCCGGCGCUUCAUGAUCUAUGUUCAUGCUAAGAUGAUGAUUGUUGAUGACGAAUAUAUAAUAAUUGGAUCUGCCAACAUCAACCAGAGAUCAAUGGAUGGAGCUAGGGACUCUGAGAUAGCAAUGGGAGCUUACCAACCAUAUCAUCUGGCUAACAGGCAGCCAGCACGUGGCCAGAUCCAUGGUUUCCGUAUGUCACUAUGGUAUGAGCACCUUGGCAUGCUGGAUGAUUCAUUCUUACACCCUAAAAGCGAGGAGUGUAUCAGUAAGUUGAACCAGAUUUCUGACAAAUAUUGGGAUCUGUAUUCAAGAGAGACACUUGAACAUGACCUGCCAGGACACUUGCUGCGUUACCCUGUCGGGGUUGAUAGUGAAGGAAAUGUCACAGAGCUGCCUGGGUUUGAGUUCUUCCCUGACACCAAGGCUCGUGUUCUGGGUGCCAAAUCUGACUACAUGCCUCCAAUCCUCACUACUUAGUGAGAGAUCAUUUUUCUGUCAGGAUGUUCAUAGCAGUGCUUCUAGGGAUGUGGUAAUGCCGUGUGAUUCUGAUUCCGACGAUUAUGAGUACUGUUUAUUUGGCUUAAGAAUGUUUUUCUUGUGUUUUUUUUUAUUAUGUUAAUAUUGAAUAUUAUCUGUUUUUGCAA